UUGGAGGUGGCAUCAGUGUGGGAUCCGGCAGGCAGCGGGUGUGUGGCAACCGACGACUUGUCAACAGUGUGGCAAUGGACGCCGAGGAGGGAGGGUGUGUCGCUCUGGGUGAUCGAUAAUUAUUCUGUUUUACGUUCGUUUUUUAUGAUUUAUCAAUUAAUCCGAGUAGAACAUUGUGCAAGUCGUUUCUAUUUUGAGUGAAAUAAGUGUAGCCUUUCAGUCUUGUACAGUAGAAGGCUAAGACGUACGUAGUUACCAUAUGAGGCUCGUGUUAAUAUCCUUAACCGUAAAAAAGUAGAUGGAGUGAGAGGAUCCUUAGCCUGUGGAAGGGUUCGUGGGCGGUGUGUGAGAGGAGGUCCUAGCUAUGGUCCCCCCAGCGGCUAGGAUGCACCUUCAGGGAAACUUCUACAUCCUGAAGAAACGAUGCAAAGUGACGCUCACAGAUGACGGCAUCAGCUGGGUCCCUGAAGGCAGUCCCGAGUGCUACCACCAUAUCCGUCCGGCUGAGAUCCUAGGCUGCUGGCUGUGUCCGAAGGCUUCGCACUCGUGUUGCCACUACGCCCACCCCACCGGCGUCAGCCCGGGCGUGCACCCCACGCCCCUAGCUGUGGCACGCUGUAAGCACUCCCUGGGGCGGAGGAAUGAAGGGCUUACAGUGGAGUACUGCCAGCGGGGGCGUGGGGUGGAGUGGAGGGCGCGGGCAGUGGCUCUUGUUCACCUGGCAGGGGACGUGGUGGUGGCGUGGUACCACGCCAUCUGGGGGCUCCUUCAUGGUCUGCCUCAGCGACCCCGGCGGGUUCUGGUGGUGAUCAACCCCGUGGGCGGCAGGAGGCACGCCCAUCGUAUCUACAGUCGCAAGGUAGCGCCACUCUUCAGUCGCGCUGCUGUACAAACCUCCGUAGUUCAGACCGAGUACAGAGGACACGGACGGGAGCUCGUGGAGAGGAACACUGGUUUGGAUGGCCUUGACGGUGUGGUGGCUGUAGGCGGUGAUGGCCUGGUGAACGAGCUUGUGAUGGGGCUGCUGCUGGUGUCGGCGAGGAAGGCUGGCCUGGACCCCCACGACCCGGAGGUGACACUGCCCCCCACCCACCUCAAACUCGGGAUCAUACCUGGUGGAAGUACGGAUGCUAUGUGCCAUGGGACACACGGAACUAGCGAUGUGACCACCGCAGCACUUCACAUCAUUAUGGGUGACAGCCGAUGUGUUGAUGUAGCAGCUGUACAUAGAAAUGGUCAAUUGCAAAAUGUUGCAACCACCAUGGUUUCUUAUGGUUAUUUUGGUGACUUAUUAAAAACAUCAGAGCAGUGGCGGAAGCUUGGACCCACUCGUUACUUGGUAUCUGGCGUCUUACAAUUUUUACGGAAUCGUUCUUAUGAGGGUCAUUUGAAGAUGUUGACCCCUGAGAACCCAUUAGCUCAGCCCUACGAUACUAAUACAUGUGGCCACGAGUGUGGAGUGUGUGAUAAAGCUGCCAUGUCUCCACCUACACCUGGAGACUGGUUACAGUUCAAUGGCCGAUGGAGUGUUGUGACCUCGGCAGUAACUUCAUGUGCCUGCCGUCUUUCACCUUACGGUGUAUCACCUGCAGCCCAUCUUGGGGAUGGCUGUAUGGACCUUAUAUUAGUGACUGGUGGAUCAAGAUGUCGUAUCCUAAGCUACCUGUUCCGAACUGCCUAUACUGGAAAUGCUGCAAACUUGGAUCAUGUGAACAUUCACCGUGUUCAGGAGGUUCACUUUACACCAAAAGCAACGGGACCCAAGUCUUCCUGGAACUGUGACGGUGAACACUUGCCUGAGCCUUCCGUGAGACUGAAAGUGCAUUGUCAGCGUCUACAGUUAUUCAGCCGUGGUGUUGAGGCCAGGACUGAAGAUUUCUCAAAACCUGUGGGAAAUGCUAAGAGUGCUUCCUUAUAAAUGAAAUUAGGGAGAUAUAACUUCACUAAUCAACAACUGUGUGCAUAGGAUUACAUUUGUAAUUAGAGUAUUUUAUUAUGCUUGUUAAAAAAAAUUUUAUAGUAACUGUGGAAGGCAAAUCUUCAACCUAUAUAAAAGUUUACAUACAGGUUUUAGAAGUGUGAACUAGUAGCGUUUUCACUGAUAAUUUUACAUUCUUAAUUGUCUAGUGCAGUUUGAUGAUGCUCAUUUCCCUUUAAUAUUUAAUUGAAAUAUAUAGGUAUAUAUAUAUCCGCUAAUGAAUUGUGGUGACUACUACUAUUACUAACAUUCCAGUAGUCAUAAUAUAGGGACUAUGAUUCCAAUUACACAGGAUUUCAAAGUUUGUUUUACUAUGGCAUAGCAGUUAGCAAAAUUUUUAACAUUAGUAUUCCUGUGCUAAUGCUCAGAGGCUUGUGAAUAUUUUCAAGACUAGUAUGCCAGACAUAUUUUUUUAUAAAUUAUCUUGUAUUUUUAAUAAUUAUAUCUGAAGUAGGUAUGACUUUUAACAAAUAUUUGUUUUAUGAAUGAUGGGUAUUGCAUAUUUUAAACAUUGUGAUGUGGGAUUAGAAUUUUAGUUACAGUAUUUUCGAAUAAAGUACUGGAGUAAGGUACUGUAUUAUACGAUGUGAUUUGUGAUGUAUGAUCUGAUGAUUUGUUAUACAGUGGUACCUUUGUUUUCAUAGUUAAUCCGUUCAUAGAGACAGUAUGAAACCGAAACUAAUUUUCCCGUAAGAAAUGAUGUAUUUUUUAGUUAACACUUUCGCCCGGGCAUGACGCAGCAUUGCGUCAUCCGUUUACUGU